GGAAAUCCCAUUCUUUGAUAUCCACCCUUCAAUUAGAUUCGAGAAAGCCCCCUCUACAAAACAAAAGAAAUCCUUUUUUGUGUUCUAAAAAAAUCCCAAAUAUUGCAAAACCACCGGUGCAUCAGGCAGUGAAAUCUCAUCAGAUAAUUCCAACCCACGCAUAAACAUCACAUUCCGGUCCUUUUACCCUCGUAAAAGUUACUGGAGUGCAUAAUAUGAAGCCGAAUCCUGCUUGGAGUUCGUUAAGAAGCGCGGUUAAGUUUAGAAUUCCAACCGCUGAAAAUCUUGUUCCCAUUCGGCUUGACAUUGAUAUAGAUGGUCAGAGGUAUAGGGAUACGUUUACAUGGAAUCCUUCCGAUCCAGAUUCAGAUAUAAGUUUGUUUGCUAAGCGCACAGUGAAAGACCUCAAGCUUCCUCCACCAUUUGUAACCCAGAUUGCUCAAUCCAUUCAGUCACAACUUAAUGAAUUUCGAUCAUUUGAAAGACAAGAUAUGCACACCGGUGAAAAAAUGGUCCCUAUUAAGCUAGAUCUCCGAGUGAAUCAUACUCUGAUAAAAGACCAAUUUUUAUGGGACUUGAAUAACUUUGAGAGUGACCCUGAAGAAUUCGCAAGAAUUUUUUGUGAAGAUUUGGGCAUUGAAGAUCCUGAAGUUGGACCUGCAGUUGCUUUUGCUAUUAGGGAGCAACUUUGUGAGAUUGCGAUCCAGAGUGUAGCUUCAGCAAGGGAAACAAGAGUAAACAAGAAAGGACGCAGGGGGGGCGAGCAUUUGCCUCUCAGUAAGCCAGGUGGAAAUGCAUUGGACACGAUGAAGUUAUUCGGUAACAAGUCAAGUGUCAUCAGGAAAAGAAGAGAGUGGGACUUAUAUGAACCCAUUGUUGAUCUCUUGUCUAAUGAGGAAGUUGAUGCCUUAGAAGCUAGAGAAGCAUGAAAAUUAACAUGGUUUAGGUGUUUGGUAAGGUUUGGAUAUGCUUCUAACAUAAUUGCAAUUUGAUGCUUAAACUAAACUUAUGGUAAAUGUUUUACUUUUGUAGUAGUUAUAUUGUUGUCAA